AUGGGACAAGACCCUAUCACAUCAAGCCCGGCUUACAAAACUAAAAACCUCAGCAAUCAGUUCAACUUUUUGAGCAAUGAAGCCAACACCAUCCCUAGCCCGGGUUCGGAUGGCCGCAGUCACGAGUUGGCCCUAUUCCGCGAGAUACUUUGCGAGCACCCACUGCCCGUUGCGGCAGAGUAUCUUGCCGCGAGUGAGCUGCGGUCAUGGGUGGACAGUGACAGGAUGGUGCGCGACGGGAAACUGGUUCACUUUCACGUCAACUACCGGAUCUUCACGUUCUCGACGACAAGCCCGGUGGAGAGUUUCCAGCUGAACCGCGCCAUCUCGAAAGCUGAUGCCUCGAGGGUCAAGAACGACGACGAGUGGAGACAGCUGCCGCGGGAGAUAAAUGAUGCAGUGAGGUGUUAUGAUGAGAGAUAUCCUUCAUUACCUGUAAAUGGACGUACAUCUGGCUUGUACAAGCCUGGCAAAUCUUUGCUAUGA